AUGCGCAGCAUCAAAUCUAGCGAAAGUACAAUUCCUACCAUCGAGAACGUCGUGGGUACUUAUAGGUCGGAGAAAUUCAGAAGUCAGAAAGCUCCACAAUCAGAACCAGUGACCGCUGCGUCAUCGUGUUCGCAGGGGAAAGCGCAUAAAAGGGGCCCUCUCCCGACCCUUCUCUCUCUCGUACCACACUUACCAGAUAAACAACAACUUGAUAAACGUCAUGUCUCUCCUCAACCAGCUUGGCCUUCGUCGCUCUCCUCGCAAUCACCAUACCCGCGCCGCAAGAACACUGGUCUGACUGGGCUAUUCCGUCGUAAGAAACCAGCAAACAGAACAGCAGGCUAUAGGGCUGCCUUGACGAACCCGAAUACUACACACGCUGGGCGUGAGCACGCGAAACAUGAACUUCAUGCUCACGGCCAAUCUGCCCAUGUCCCGCUCACCAAGAAGAUCGAGCGCACCCUGGGCAUCCACCAAACCUCCCGUGCAUCUCGAAAGAGAGCUAAUGCGCGUCGCCGCAGAUAUUAG